GCGCCACGAAGUUCUGGCGCUCGGCCCCGGCCCAUAUUGUCCAAUCCACGUUGAUCUUAAAGCCAAGACAAACUAAAGCUCGGUCGGGUAGCUUCAUCUCAUCAUUUCUCACCACCAGCACCAGCCUUUUAUUAGUGCUUUUGCUCCUCUCAUCAUCACCAUCCAUCCCCCGCCAUUGCUUCCUUGUUCGAGUAUAAUUGAUCACCAUGUCCUACGAUCAGUACAAUCAAAACCCUUACCAGCAGGGCUCAGCUCAGGAUAACUCCUAUGGCUAUGGCCAGGCCAAUCCUUAUGCGCAAGACGCGCCAGCCCAUGGUAAUGACCAAUAUGAAAUGCAGGAUUAUUCGCAACAGGCUACAGCUACUAGCUCAAGUCUUUCUCAGCAAGAAUUCCUGAAUCGCGUGCAGAAACUCCGCGAUGAGAUCAAGGGUCUGACCAACGACGUCGACUACAUCGGCCAGCUCCACCAACGCACCCUCAGCAGUACCGAUGGGUCCGCCAACCAUGACCUCGAGCAGUAUGUUUCUCAGACCCAGAUCCGAAACACCGCUAUCAAGGACGGCAUCAAGGGACUCGAGCGCGAUCUUGCAAAGACCAAUGACAGCUCCCGUACCACAAAGAACACCCAGCUGCAGUCCCUCAAGACCUUCUUUAAGUCAGAGCUCGACAAAUACCAGAGCAUCGAGCGGGAUUACCAGCAGCGCUAUCGCGAUCAGAUUGCCCGUCAGUACCGUAUCGUCAACCCCGAUGCUUCCGAGCAAGAGGUUCAAGAAGCCGCCAGCGCCGACUGGGGCAACGAGGGUGUGUUCCAGACUGCUUUACGAACAAAUCGUACCGGCCACGCCAGCUCCGUACUCGGUAAUGUUCGCGCCCGUCACAGUGAACUUCAGCGCAUUGAGCAGACUCUUUCCGAGCUUGCCAUCCUCUACCAGGAGCUCGCCACCAUUGUCGAGCAGCAAGAGCCGGUUAUCCAGGCCGCUGAAACCAAUGCGAUCAACACCGUCGAUCACAUGGAGAAGGGCAACGAGCAAGUCGAGGUGGCCAAGAAGCACGCCGCCAACCGCCGCAAGCUCAAGUGGUGGUGUGCCCUCGUCGUCCUGCUCAUCGUCAUCGCUAUUGCUGUGGGCGUCGGUGUCGGUGUUUCUGUGGCCAACAACAACAAGUAGACGACUGGCUGAUCAUCUCAGACUCCGUUGCCGCUGUUAUGAUGUUGAUGCUCUGCUUGUUUUUGUUCCUCGUUUUCCCUUCAUAGAUAUCUCGACGACGCAUUUAAGUUCCCAUUCUUCCGUUUUUACCCGCAAGACCAGAGGAUACGACACGUCUUUAAUCCGUAUACCGCCUCCCGUAUUUAAUCAUUCUUCUUCCCUUUAGCGCUGAAGCGCUAGGGACCUUGUUGUUGGGGCCAGGGAGGAGAGGAUGGAGCUCACCUCAUAAACCUGACUAUUAUU